AUGGCAGGUGAGAACCAGACUCAGGUGUCAGAGUUUGUGCUCCUGGGUUUUCCCUAUGGCCAGCCCUUCAUUUUUUUUCUUUUCCUGGCUAUUUACCUGGCCACACUGCUGGGGAACUCUGCAAUCCUUGCCCUUGUGUCCCUGGAUCCGCAUCUCCACAGCCCCAUGUACUUCUUCCUCAGUCACCUGUCCUGCUUGGACAUUUGCUACUCCUCAGUCACAAUGCCCAAGGUGCUGGCAAAUGCCCUGCGCCCACAGGCGACCAUCUCCUACCGUGGGUGCCUGGCACAGAUGUUCCUCCUAAUGGGGUGCGCAGGGUCUGAGUGUGCGCUCCUGGCUGUCAUGGCCUACGACCGCUACGCAGCCAUAUGCCAGCCCCUGCGCUACACACAGACCAUGAGCCGUGGAGCCUGUGUGGGCGCUGCCGCGGGCUGCUGGCUCUGGGGGCUGCUGGACUCCACUGUGCACACCCUCCUGGCCUCCAGGCUCUCCUUCUGUGGGUCUACCCAGCUCCAGCACAUCUUCUGUGACGUCCCCCCGCUGCUGAGGGCUGCGUGCAGCAACACCCGCCCCAAUGAAGUGGCACUCCAUGCUGCCAGUGUCUUUGUGGGCCUCAGCCCCUUCCUGUUCGUCGUUGUCUCCUACCUCUGGAUCCUGGCCACCAUCCUCGGGAUGCCCACAGCCAUCAGCCGCCACAAGGCUUUCUCCACGUGCUCUGCCCACCUGCUUGUGGUCGCCCUGUACUUUGUCACAGCCAACCUGAACUACAACCGGCCCACCUCCAGCUACUCCCCGGCAGCCGACACACUGGUCUCCGCACUGUACUGCAUCGUCACCCCCAUGCUGAACCCCUUCAUCUACAGCUUCCGCAACCAGGAGGUCCAGGGGGCCCUGCGGAAGGCUGUGUGGGGACGGGGCACACUGGGCUCCCCUGGCAGCAAUGCAUAA